UUAUAUAAGUACACACUUAAAUUAAAUUAACACUUCUAUGGCUAAUAAUUCAUUAAUAAUUAUUCACCUAGCUCGGGGAGGUAAAAGCAACAUUAAGCUUUUAAAAAAAAAGGUUUGUUGGAACUGUUUAUGAAGCCUGCUAUAGUUGGUAGUUCAAUGACAUGUCAUGCUGACGUUUAUAGCAAAUAUUGAGGUUAUGUUAGUAUUGCUGUAAACAUUGAAAACAUAUGAUUCCCUUUGUAUUUUAUUAAAUAAGACAAUACUUUAUAGUAUAGUAUUAAAAAUAAUUGCACACUAUGAAUCCUUCAUCAGUCAAUUUAGGUCGAGGUGGUGGCGGGAAAUCUAAGAAUUCAAUCGGAAACGCGCCGGUCGCUACUCCAAUCGAAUUUGUUAAUAUUGAAGGUGAACAAAACAAACAGAUAAAGGACUUUAUAGAUUCAGCUUCUACAGAUGAUCAAUUACAGGUUUUGAAGAAGAUAUUAGAUUCUCAUAGAAACACGAUAUCAAUUGAUGUUUUAACAUUUUUAGCAGUUACAUUUUUUCAUGCCGAGUCUAAGCAUCCCGUAAAAUGCUUUCUUUCAAGACAAAUAACAAAGAACAUACAACUUCAACCAGCAUUCACAAAAGUACUAGCAGAUCACAUAGACAUACAGUUAUCAAACAAACCAACAGAUUACAAACAGUACAUAGACACAGUCAACAAAGUGGCUUCUUGUAUAGAGAACUUCAACACAGGGACAGCCGCAGUGAGACUAGUUGAAGUUAGACUUGCGGAGUAUCUGAGGAACUGUCUGGAGUGUUGUGUGAACACUUUAAGUGAAGAGAAAACUUUAUCUCCAACAGAGAAGAACGAAAUAUUUGUCAUAGCCCAUCUCACCUUAAGACUACUAUUGCAUAUCAUUCAGAAAGGGAACACUGAAAACAUAAGUAAAUUGAUCCUUAUGUUCAAGCAGAUAAGGUUGUUAGUUCAGGCACUAAUUUAUGAUGAUGAUGUACCAAUGGACACUAAGACAGUGUGUGGCAUUCUGUACUUGUCUAUGCAUGUUAUAGAGAAUGGUGAAGACAGUUGGAUAAGUGUGUUAAACUGUAAUCUCACAGAGUCUACAAUACUAGAAUUACAGAACACUGAAGUAGUCCGUUUGUCACUACUGUCAGCUAUCAUUACGGUUGUGCCGGCGGAGCAACUGUUCACACUGGUUGGAAAUGACGCUGCUAUAGUUAUUCUUACGCAGAAAAUAUUGGAUAUAGGAGAUAGGAGUUCUUCAGAAUCGACCUUCGUCCUUAGCGUUGCCCGUACUCUGCUCCAGCUUAGCAAGCUGCUACAUAAAGUGGCAGACAAAGCCACAGGGCUCGCACUAGUCGACUCGCUGUUGUUAUUCGCGUGGUCACAUCUAGAACACUAUAUGGACAGCGUCAGACAUCUCACUGGGCAAAUACUCGCGUGUGUUGUUAAAUACUGCGCUAAAAUGGAGAAAGAAGGCGACGCCACUGCCCUCAACAAGUUGACGUGGGCCGUGUCGUCGCUGGACAGAUCCCGCCGGAGCUACUACCUGAGCCUGACGUGGCUGGUGAGCGCGCUGGGCGCGGGCCGCGCGCUGCGCCUGUGCCCGGACAUCGCCGACGUCAUCGCCGCGCUCGACUCGCAGCCGCUGCAUAAUACUGCCAGCAUAGCUCUGGAAGCGUUCCUAGACAAGUUAUGUUCGGAGUGCAACCCUGAGCAGCUGCAGCAGUUCUGGCUGCGGCCGCUGCUGGCGCACGCGGGCCGCGCGCGGGACUCCUGCGUGCUCAACGUUAUCGAGGACCUGCUCGUCAAGGCCUUCAAACUUAACGCCGAUGUUGUGCAAUACGUAACACCAUACAUAAAGCAAGCAAACGAAUCAAGUCCGCAACAGGUGCGCGAUCUGAAAUGCGUCUUAAUGCUAUUGAGAGUAGCUCGAAAAUCCGGUUUCAUCGAAAUUCUAUCUGAUCAUAGUGCAGACAAUGAAUGGAAGGGUAUAAUAAGUUAUGAUGUGCUGAAGCAAGCUGCUGUGGACGCUGUGGACGAGACGCGAAUACUGUCCCUGUCCCUGAUAGUGGAGUCUCCGAAGUCCACGGAGUUGUUCAGUGCGGGCGACCUGCAGUUCGUGUUGCACUACCUCAAGUACAACAUCAACGCGCAGGCGCCCAACUUCAGGCAACUCACGCUCUCUGUUAUGAAGAAGUUCGUAAAACGUUUUGAAGAAAGCUACAAAGUGUUGAAGCGGCAAAAAGGACCUAAUGCGGAAUGCGAUAAGGUCGCUUAUUACCUGCGCUUCGUGGAGCAGUUACGCAGGCAGUGCUUCGACAGUCUGAUCCCCGGCGCUAACUACAGCCGGCGGUUUGUCGCGCUGCAAAUACUCGUGUGGUGCGAACAAAUCUCUCUGGAUGACUAUGAAAGACACUGGGAGCAUGAAUAUGUGGAGAAGUUGCUGUUACACCUGGAGGACAGCUACGAGAACAACAAGGUGUUCGCCUUGGACGCGCUACAGGGAUGCCCUGUGGAACUGCUCAAGCUUAAAACAUACUCUAUCAGCCUUGACAUAAAGGAUAUAUUUGCUCAAGCGUCACUACUCAAGCCGACCGAGUGCGUGUCGGCCGCCUACAAGCUGGACUUGCUGAGGCGACGACUGCCGGAAUACAUUCUGCAAGGUGAAACAUGCCCUGUAGCGGAGCCAGUGCUAUACUCCCUGCUGAGCCGUCUGCAGCGCGCGGCCCGGCGCCAGGCGCGGGGCUGCGCGCGCAGUGUGCUGCGGGCGGCCGCGCGCGGCCCGGUGUACGGCCUGCUGCACUGCGCGGGGCAGGCCCUGGGCCAGGUGGACACGCGAGCUAUAUCGUUGGACGAGCGCUGGACGGAGCUAAUAGCGGACAUUAUACAAACGUGUUCAGAAGUGACGGCGGCGGUGGCGGGCGUCGUCAACAACUCCUCGCCCGAAGGUCACCUGCCCAUGGACAUGACCACGCUGACCGACCACGGGAACUCCGGUAACGUGACGUUGGAUGAUGGCCGACCGGUCACAGCGCAGAUGGUGUUGCUGUGCGCCUGGAGAUCUGUUAAAGAGGUGUCGCUCCUGCUGGGCACCCUGUGCGGCCGCUUCAGCAUCGCGGGCGAGGCCGCGGCGGCGGGCAGCCUGUCGGUGUCGCAGGUGGCGGCCAUCGGGGAACACUUCACGUCGCUGCUGGCCGAGACCAAGCACAGGGGGGCCUUCGAACAGGCGCAUGUUGGCUUCACUAAGCUAUUAUCGCGCCUAUGGCGGUGUCGCAGCCCGUCGCUGCACGAGCUGCCGCGCGCGUGGCUGCGGGCGCUGCUGCGCGGGCUGCCGGCCGCCGGGGGGACUGCCACGCGCAGGAGUGCCGGCCUGCCCUACAUGAUACAGGCAUUAGUGAGCUCGGAGCUGCAGGUGCAGGGCGCGUGUACCGGCCUGACAGACAGCAUGCAGGUCCUGCUGCAGCUGGCAGCUGAAGGCCUGCCCGAGGUCCGGUCGCACGCGCUGAACAUCGUGCGCGCGCUGGUGCGGCACGCCGCGCUGCACGAGCACGUGGCGCCGCACGUGGAGGGCGCUCUGCUGGCCGCGCUACACGGGUUUGAUGGAGACUCCUGGGCGGAGCGCAACUCGUCCACGCUGCUGUUCAGCGCGCUGAUGGUGCGCGUGUUCGGCGUGUUGCGGCAGCGCGACCCCGAGCGGCUCAGCCCCAGGAACCGCAUGACCGGCCGCCUGUUCUUCUGCCGGUACCCCGCGCUCUACGACUACAUGCUGGACAAGUUGCAGUCAGUGAGUGUAUCCCCGGAGAAGCAGGAGCUACGUCCGUCACUGUACCCGGUCCUGCUGCUGCUGGCGCGGCUCUACCCCUCCGCGCUGGAGGGGACCGCCUCCAACCUUAAGUUGACGGCCUUCAUCCCGCACGUGAUGUCGUGUGCGAGGAGCGGCGUCAUGAAGACUCGCCAGCUGGCGGCCAAAGCCAUCGUACCACUCAUAUCACCUGAACAGUACAUCGGCCACAUACAAUCACUAUUCACGCUGAUCCACGAUGAGAAUAUCAAGAGGAACUACUGCCACGGCGUCCUGCUGCAGCUGGCGCGGCUGCUGGCGGCGCGGCCCUCGGGCCUGGCGCGGGGCCUGCGGGACCUGCAGGGCUGUGUGGAGGGCUCGCUCUGGGCCCUGCGCCAGGCUAGCAGCUCGCGGCCCUGCUACAUCAUCGCUGAUGAACUUGUCAAAGUCAUUAAUUUGGUGGUUUGGAAAUUCCCAGCCCUACCUGAAGAAACAACCGCCGAAAUUCUCAGUAUCCUACACAAUCUAGUUUUCAUCAACAACCCAGUAACUAUAUGUCCUGGAAAAGACGUCUGUCUCUCCAACGCCAUCUACCUAUACUUCAUCCUAGCUACUAAGUCGCAACACCAGCACAUACCUAGUGGCGUAUACAAAGGCUUGCAACACUCGUCUUACGAAGUUGUCUUGUCCGUUUUAAACUAUCUGCUCGUACUCCACGAUGAAACAGAAGAUGACCCUGACAAAUUACAGGAGCAUCUACAAGAAAUAUCCAACAAAACUACUCUGGACAACAUUAGGAAGAAUGAAGACUAUAUACCAUUGUUAUGUAAUAUAUUAAAGAACGAUUGCUUGGAGUGCCAGCAGAAAAGUUUGAGGAUUCUGACAUUGGAAGGGAAUACACAGAAAUAUAUCAUAGGGGAUAUCGAAGGUCAAGUAACAGAUGAAGAAAUAAUAUAUAAAUUAUUGGAAUGUGUCCAAAAAGCGCACGAAAACUUGACUCACGUGUAUCUGGAGAGCUUGCUUAAUUUUGUGACAGAUAAGUUAAGGGAUUCUCAAAUCUCUGAACAUGUGUUGUUGGAUGUUAUAAGGGUGGUUCUUGAACACAGCUCUUCUGAUAACAGUGAGGAAACCAGAAAUGUAGUAGUCAAGUUUGUGGAGAAAAAUGUUAGUCGUCUCUUGGAGAUGGAAGCCACCACCUUAAGCGAAGCCGACAGUUUUGAGCUGUCGGCUAGCGUGUGGGCGACAGUAGUGACUCUGAUAGAGGACGACUCGCCGUCAGUGCGCGCGCGCGUGUCCGCCGCGUGCUCCCUGCCGGGGCAGGGCGGGGGCGCGGCCGGGGGC